AGAAAAGAUGGGGGCGGAGUGGGGGGUGGGGUGUCCUGUGAACUUCCAUAGGGGUUGGAUUUGAGGGUGGAGAGGACAGGCUAUCGCAAGAGGUCAACACCCCACCACCAGCCUGGCUGCUUGCUGCUAUGGGAGGUUGGGGGCGGGGGAGAGGCUCUGUCCCCUUCCUCCGAAGAAGUGGCCCCCCACCCCCCCGUAAAAUGUCGGCACCUAUAAGAAGUUGUGAGUACCGGGGAGGUGGGUGGGGAGCAGAGGGGGAGGGGGGAGGGAUUCCCCUUAGACUUUGGGGGGGGGGUGGAAACACAGGGGAGAAACAGACCCACCCCGUGAUUGACACCUUGGCACUGGCUGCCUCUGUGCCUGAGCCAAGUGGGUCAUGCAGGUGGGAUAAAGAGGCCAAGAAGGAGAGACGGGGGGGGGGGGCGCCUGGGUUCUUUAGGGAGGGGGCAGACAGGGUGGGGGGGUCAUUGCUGGGAAGUGCUGGGAGCCAGAACUCAUGGGUUCUGUAAGGGUACCUAUUCAAGAUCACUUAAGGCAGGUUAGUUCUCCGUAACACCUUAUUUCAAGUACAAAUCCCCAGGGAUCAGCUUUUUUAUUGUUCAUUAAACUAUGCAAUGGAGAGCAUUGUAACAUCAUAUCGGGACCCAAAAUUCUUUACAUUUCUGUCAGCUACUGGAAUGUUAUGUGCCUGAGCUGGAGAGGGAGGGGGGUAAUUAAACCUCAUAAACUGAACCCAAUUAGAGAACAAGUCAAUAAUAUAAAAUUGCCAGUGAUUUUAAAUUAAAAGGAAGGAUUUAAUUAAAUUAUAAUUAAGUAGGAUUCAGUAACCUGAUACACCAGUAGGAAGUUAUGAACAUUAGGAAGCAGGAUGAGCUAAAUAGAACGUUGCGAUAAAGUAAUAGUAAUAAGUAGUAUGGGGGCUUGUUUUAAGAUAUGAACGAGCAUUAGUGUUGAUUGCAGUACAUAUUUAAAAGAUAAAGCUGUAUGUUUAGGUAUAGACUUUUUCAUGUACAACUGUGUAUUAUUAGUGUGAUACAUGGCUGGGUGGGCAGGGACGCUGGUGGCACUGUGGGUAAAACCUCAGUGCCUAGGACUUGCCGAUCGUAUGGUCGGCGGUUCGAAUCCCCGCGGCGGGGUGAGCUCCUGUCUUUCGGUCCCAGCUCCUGCCCACCUAGCAGUUCGAAAGCACCCCUAAGUGCAAGUAGAUAAAUAGGUACCGCUUUAUAGCGGGAAGGUAAACGGUGCUGGCUCGCCAGAGCAGCUUCGUCACGCUGGCCACGUGACCCAGAAGUGUCUCCGGACAGCGCUGGCCCCCGGCCUCUUAAGUGAGAUGGGCGCACAACCCUAGAGUCGGACACGACUGGCCCGUAUGGGCAGGGGUACCUUUACCUUUUUAUGGCUGUCAUGGUUGAUGUUCUUCUACCUAUCAAGUGUCUUUUAUAUGGAUUAUGUAUUUAUAGAAAUAAUUAUAAGAAGGAAAUAAAACAAGUUAUCCUUAGCAUCUUUUUUCCUCUACUUGUAGUCAGUCAGGAUAAAUGGGUUAAUGUCUUCCACAAUGUACAACUGAUGUGGGAGUACACUCAUUAACAACUUGGAUUUCUGGAACCUGAGCAGUAGUAGUUAUUCUGAAUUAAUUAACAGAAUGCAUAAGCAUGUGGUCUUGUUAUGCAGCCAAGGUGGGAAAGUGGAAUCCGUGACGCUUGGUCUUUUGGGUUUUCUGGCAAGGGACACUGACACUUGCUUCCAAGAGGGAAUACAUGGCUUAACUUCCUCCUGUCUUUUCUGCUACCUCAAGGAAGAUCACUUCACAACUGGCAGUAUCACAGUAGCAAUUAAGCUUUCACCUAAAUAUUAUUUUAAGUGCAAAUUUAAAUCCACCUACAAUUUUGGGACAAAUUUCUGUGUUACAUGUUUAUAGAAUCAUAGAACUAUAGUGUGGAAGAGACCCGGAGUUGGCUGUUGGGUUGCUGGCCAUGCAUAUGAACAUCUUUUGUGCCAAGUGUGGCUGAAAGUCAGGACAUUGGGGUUGGAGUCGGGGGGGGGGGAAGCUAGGAGUUUAGGACAGAAUGGCUUCACACAGAUUUGGGGGACUUCCGGGUACUUUGGAAAAGGAUGGCUUCACUUCUAGUCUCUAACCUUUUAAACACAAUCCUAGCUCUCACUGACUACGCCCAAAAACUAGGACCCCCCUCAUUUCAUUCAAAAAAAUUCAAGGGGUGCAUGUUUCUGAGUGUGCUACAUUUCUCUGCUGCGGAAAAUAGUGAGUGGGCUUUUUAUUAUCCAUGUCCUACUGGCUUUAGCUGCAAUCCUAUACAUGUUUUCCUGGGAGUAAGAUUUAUUGGACUUAAUGGGACUUCCAUCUGCAGAGUGAUCUUUACAGUUGUGCCCUUUAUCCUCAUCUUAUUUAUGCACAUAUCAGCUCGGUGAGACCAAUUAGGUUGAGAGUCCAGACUAUGAUUCCCCCCCCCCCGCCCCAAGGUCAGCCUAGCCAUUGUCACCACUAGCUGGGCACAGAUCCAGAUCUAGAAUAUUUCCCACAUCCAAACCUAGUACAGUGGGACCUCUGUUUUCGAAUGUAAUCCGUUCUGGAAGUCCGUUUGUCUUCCAAAACCAAGGAUCAAAGCAAGUUCAAUGGGGGAAAUUGACAAACACGCCUCGGAAGCUGUUUGACUUCGGAGACAUGCUCAAAAACGGAAGCAGUUACUUCCGGGUUGUCGGCGUUUGGCUUCCGAAACAUUCGGCAGCCGAGACGUUCGACAACCAAGGUUGACUGUACUGUCUGCCACCCUCUGUCAUCUUGUGCAGUUGAAAAGUUUUGAGAAUUCCCCAAAUCCUUUGACUCACUUCCUGUUUCUGGAAGCAAAAGCUAUAAGCUGAACCUUAUUUGAACCAAGCACACUGACUACAUGAAGAGCCAUUUUCAUAUACAUGCAGAUUCCUAAGAUUCCUGCCUUGGCAUCUUGGAGAGGUGUGUGCUCCGCAGGCACCUUCUGUGCUAGGCUUCAUUGAUUGAUUGAUUGAUUGAUUGCGGGUAUAUGCCACCUCUCCUCCAAUGUGCUCAAGGCGGCAUGCAUGGUUCACUUCCUCCCCAUUUUAUCUAGGUUCAGCUGAGAAACAGCAACUGGCCCAAGGUAACCUAGUGAGUUUCAUAGCUGAGUGGGGAUUUGAACCCUGGUCUCUCACAGUUCCUGGUCCAACACUCUAACCACUACUCCACACUGGCUCCCUGUUCUGGAUAGUGUGGUUUAAUCAGGGUGAGGGAAUGCUUUUAUACUGGGAGGGCUCGGCGGCCAUGGAGUCCCACUCUGAUUCUUUCACUGUCCUUUCUCUGUCCCGUAGAAGCACUGUUGGGUAGAUGGAGAACUGCGAUGAAGAGUGGCCAGAGGGCCAGCACUCCCUUCAGGCCCCAGGUGGAGUCCGGACUGCCACCGGAACCGUGGAAGAGUGUGCCGUUCUCUACUCGGACGCGGAGGACGACCCGUCGCUCCUAACAGACCAUGGGCCGGGUGCCCGGGCCCCUUUCCACUGCUCCGAGUGCGACAAGAGCUUCCGUUACCGCUCGGACCUGCGCCGCCAUUUUGCCCGGCACACCGAGCUCAAGCCUUUCCAGUGCCCUCACUGCGUCAAGAGCUUCAAGCAUUCCUUCAACCUGGUGAACCACAUCCGGAGCCACACCGGGGAGCGCCCCUACCGCUGCACCAUGUGCCCCAAAGGCUUCCGAGACUCCACGGGGCUCCUCCACCAUCAGGUGGUGCACACGGGGGAGAAGCCCUACUGCUGCCACGUCUGCGAGCUCCGCUUCUCCUCCCGCAGCAGCCUGGGGCGCCACCUCAAGCGGCAGCACCGCGCUUCCCCCGCUGCCGCAGCCCCUCAGACGCCCGCCCCCCGCUGCCUGGCCUGCGGGAAAGAGCAAAGUCCCCUGGGGCACCUCUGCAGUGCCGGGCGAGGCCGGGCCGCGCCCUUUGGCUGCGGGGCCUGCGGGCGCCAUUUCCAGUUGGCAUCCGAACUGCGGCGCCAUUGGCUCGCCCACACCGACAUCAAGCCCUUCAAGUGCCCCGACUGUGAGCGGGACUUCAACGCUGCGGCGCUGCUGGAGCGCCACAAGCUCACGCAUGCCAAGGACAGGCCCCCGCCCUGUCCAGUGUGCUCUGGGAAGGUUCCACCAAGCGAUGGGAUGCUGGAAUUGCGGGGCCUGGAAGAAGAGCCGCAAGAUGGGGGGCCAGAGGCCCAGCAGCACAGCAGGGGCUGCCCCACCUGCCACCCUCCGGACAUGCGGCCCCCCGAAACGCUGUACCAGUGUGAAUGCGGGACCUUUUUCGCCAAUGGCAACACCCUGGCAGCUCACUUGACUGCUCACGGCGGCGAGCCCUCCUUCAGCUGCGGGAUAUGCGGCCAGCCCUUUGUGAACUUGCAGACACUGGAGGAGCACCAGUUGAGCCACGCCGUGGCUGCUUCUCCGAUGUCAGGCCCCGGCAGUGAGCUGGAACGCCACCUGUUGCCGCAGCUGGACCUCCGCGCGUUCCCCGCCCGGCCCAGCAAGAAACUCUACAAAUGCAGCGAGUGCGAAAAGUACUUCCGCAGCCCGCGGGACCUGGACCGCCACGUCUUGGUGCACACCGGCGAGAAGCCCUACCAGUGCACCGAGUGCGGCAAGUUCUUCCGGCACGAGUGCUACCUGAAACGGCACCGGCUGCUGCACAGUGGCGAGCGCCCUUUCAAGUGCACCGUCUGCCACAAAGGGUUCAUCACCUUGAGCAACCUCUCCCGCCAUCUCAAGCUGCACCGCGGAAUUGACUAGGCGGGGAGCCCCCUUCUCAGAAUAAACACCCUCCCCUCCCAACGCUGCUUUCCUCUACCUCCACCCUGCCAGAGGCGAUCUGGUUUCGGAGGUGUCACUCUGCCCGAUGCGGCUAGAACUUUGAUUUCCCCGCCCUCCUUGUAGGGCAGGAAUUUACAAUUGUGAGCUGAUAGAAAAGUAUUAUUGUUGUUAUUAUUAUUAUUAUUAUUUUACUAAUGUUCCACUACUGUUGGUAGAGUACAUUGCACUUGCUUGACCGUUAUAACGUCUUCGGUGGGUUGGGGGUAGGAUACCUGGCUGGUUGUGCCUAGACAGGUAACUGAACAUUUUGGGAUUCAGACCCCUAAUAUUCCCGGGCAUAAUGAAGACGUGACAGGAAAUGCAACUCUUGGGCCAAGGCUCCCCCCCGCCCCCGGAGAUACUUAUGUCCAAGUGAGCUUGACCAAGCUGAGAUGAUGUUGCCUCAAUAGCUGUAGUGCUCUGUGGUUCCCAGGAAUGUAAAGGAGGGACUGCCUAGUUGUCAUGGGAGAGGUGCACUCAGACAUUCUACCAGGAUGCAGAUUUAUUGACUUGCUGCAGUGCAGGACGUCUUCCCUUUUGGAAAAGCAGACAGCAUUGUUGGGCAAUAGAAAUACUAGUGUGCAGGAACCUUGCAUCAUCCUGUUGUGUGACUUGGUUGGUUCCCUUUCCCUCUGAUCUCUCUGCCCCUCGACAAGAGUGGCCACAGUUAGGGGACGUCUCUGCCUUUCCCUUCCAACUUGGAAGGCAUGUUGUCCUUGCCAAAGCCAAUGGGCUCGAGUUCCAGAACUGCAGCUCACCAAAGAAUUUUAGGCAUUGUAUUUCUAUAUGGCCUAGAGGUGAUGGUGGAUUAAGACCAGAGAGUUCUCAGCAACCUGAUAAAACUAUGGUUUCUAAGUCUUCCUUGGAGGGAAGUGUGGGGAAAGUAUAAUCAAACCAUUAAAAAUCAAUUUACGCUUGAAGCAGAACUGAACCUGUUGUAUUUUAUAGGGAUGCCCAGAAAGGUUUUAGUUAAUUUAGGAGAGCUUAUUAUUAAUAUUAGUAUCCCUAUUUCUGACUGCAUUUGCUAAAAACAACCCAACCCAAACAGGAAUCAUGUCCUUAAAUACCCUACUUAAAAAUUGCAGAUUCACAACAAAACUGAGGUUCUUCUACUUGCCCUUUUGUUUUCUUAGCUUUGGUUCAAAAACUGCUACUUUUAUUUCCAGAAUUUUUCUUUGCAAUCAUGAGGACUAUAAAUUUAAUUUUUAAAAAGAUGUCCAUAUUAUCAUGUUUGGCUCAGCAUUGGCUAGAGCAAAAUUACUUUGAAGGCAAGGUUCUGCCUGCAGGUUGUAGAGCAGUAGCCACCUGUGAGACGAACUGAAGGCUUGCGUGCCUGCAUGAUUUUAUCUGUAGGCUCAGACCAUCAAACCAAGCAUUCUUUCUUAUAGUGGAGCCAGCAGGUUUCUUCUUAGACCUGCUCACUGUUUGACCUCCCCUUUCUUCUGCCCUCAUGAUGCUAUACCAUUUCCCCUGGUUUUAAUUUGCCAGCUGUAAGUGUGGUUUAUUUCUAGCAAAUGUUCUUUUCUGAAAAUUGGUUGAAGGCUUAAAAGGGAUGCAUCUGCUUUCAUGGAAAGGUUCAGCCCUCAGAAAGAGUUUGAUCUUCAGGAGAAGGCAACAUUUCACGAAAUAUUUCAGCAAACAUGAUUUGGAUUUCAUAAAAAAUAUAUUGGGAAGCUGGAGAAAUGUAUCCUUAUGUUUGGCUUGUCCGGGGACUGGAGGGAGGAGGCUCAGGAGUUGCCUAGGCUUGUGUGUCUUUGUGUUUAAAUGUAGUCUCCAAGAAUGAUGCAUUUGAUAGAUCCUGGGAGCCCAGAACCUGCGUAGACUUUGCCCAUAGUCAAAUAAGCUACCGGAGAACACACUGGAGAGGAAAAACCCUCUUUCAUAAGCAGAAAAAGUAUGAUGAGAGCUAGGGUUGUCAGUUUUCCUAUUUUAUUUUUUAAGCCAAAGUCCUGUUGCCCUCGCUCCAUUCUUCUUUGCCUGCUUAUGCCCAUCCUAGUGCCCUCCUGGCAGGACAGAUUAGUUCCUAUGUGCCCUGUUAAGUCAGAUUCCAGAACCGAGAGCAGUAUCUGCCCUCUCCCCUGUGGAAUUAUUUACUGGCAAGUAGUUGAGUCUUAUUCUCUCUCUCUCUCUCUCUCUCUCUAAGCCCUUGGUAGGUCCUUGAAAAUAACCUAAUAAAAGCCUGCUCCUGACCAAA